UUACAAUGACGACGAUACGUAACAACAUGGCACAGGUAGCCUCCAAAACAUGUGAAAUUUGCGUUAGCGCCUCAGGAUCACAAUACUGCUUAGAGUGCGAACAAUAUUUUUGCGAAAAUUGUAAAAUCUUUCACAAAAGACAGAAAUUGUCAAAAAAUCACCAGUUUCAGUCUUCAGCAGAGGAUAUUCCGGAAGCUAAAUCUAAAUGUAAGGAUCACAAUGAAUAUGUCAGUUUAUUGUGUAAUACAUGUAACGUAGUAGUAUGCAGCAAAUGCGUGACUGGAACUCACAAAGGACAUGCCUUUUCGCAGCUUAUGGAUAGCAUAACACAGCUGAAAGAGAAAACUAAAAAGGAUGUGCGUAGAAAGGUACAGGAGGCAACUUUAAACAUGAAAAAGAUCGAAGAAGGUCAGCAGGCGUUUGAUAUGAAGAUUGAAGUAGUAGUUAAAGCUAUUACCGAGGAAGGUACAAAGAUAAAGGCUAUGGUUGAUAAAUAUAUCGAACAGAUGAUUACAUCGAUCAAGAAUCCAUCCAUGAUGGAAAAGGACAAACUGGCAAAAUCAAUGGCAGGUUAUAACAUGGUUUUGAAGUCGGGGAUCCAUCUAGACAAGAAAAUACACGAACUAGACAAGAAACUAAACGAGGGAAAAUUGUUACAGUCUUUACAGCUAAUUACAGAUGACAUUGCGAAACUGAAAAUAGAGCCUAUACCAGAGUUUCCUAGUAUACAGUAUACUGCUAAGUCCGCCAAAGAUAACGACAUUAAACAGCUGUUUGGUAUAUUAGAAACAAGUGAUGCAUGUACGCGACUAACAGCAGUCACAGAACAAGAAUUGCUUAAACCAAAGAGUGAAUACAAAGAGAUUAUUCAAACCAAGGAUCAAGGAAAAUUCCUGUUCAAAUGUGGCAAGUGUGGGAAGGAAGAGAGCACUGAUAACCCAUUCGGAACGAGCAAUGGGUUUUGA